GUUUAUAAGAAGAGAUUAACAGGAUAAAAAAUAAAUUUUACAAUUCUGUCAACUGUAACCAACGAUGAUCGACGUAACUAUCCUAUCGACCGUGGAGAAGGAAAGAAAUUGUCGGCGUCACGUCAGGUGGUGUCAAUUAGGCGCGUAUUCGCACGCGAAGACCGGAAAAAAGCGUUUAUUGGUCACAUAAUGUGUAUAUUCAAAAUAUUGCAAGGCAAGCGUUCCCACUCGAAGCACCUAAAAAAUACCAUUGCCUAGUAUUUUCAGUUCAUAACGAAUCAUCAUCCUACGUGACAGCUUUACAAAAUGAAGAAGAACGUAGAACCCAUGAAAUCUAAAACAGAUUCGAAAGAAACAACCAACGAAAAUAAUCAAGAUACGCGUCCGAGAGACUCGGCAGAGAGUCAAAUAUCAGACGCCGAGUCCAAACCGGAAAUGUCUGACCAAGAACCAACAGUGGUGGCACCACGGAGCGGAAGUAGCUUUUUAAAGCGCGAUAAGGUGAGUGACAUCCCUCUAAAACAAUUAUCGACCGAUUCAAAAAAUUCCUCUACGAAAACUCCCUUAAAGUUCCUGAAAAUAAUCUCGAACGAAGAAACUCAUGAAAAUAAAUGGAAAAAAUUUUGGGUUCAUCAUCGAGACAAGUUUCGACACAAGUCCGAGGAAGAUUUCACAACGAGGAAUCGAACUUUUGAAGAGAUGACGGCGGAAGUGGACGCGGUAUUCCGAAAGGCGAUUCGAAGCAUGCGAUUCGAUAGAUCCGAUACCGAUCGUCGAUAUGUUAACAUUGACGAGAGUUCUCCGGAAAAAAAUGCUGGCCAAGACGAUAACAAAAACACUGAAAGCAUUUCAGAGUUACCGCAAGCCGUCGAAGCGCCACCUCGAAGGUUAAGAUUGAGUACCGGCCGUAUAAAAGACCGCAAGUUCAUGGACGUUUUGGCAGGUGAGCAAGGUACCUUUAAGAAAAAAUCCGAGAAAAAUGAUCCCACUGUCAUAAUUUUUGGCGUGAACGAAGAAAAACAGAAAGAAAAUACAUUUAAAGCUAAUGGUGAAAUAUCUGAUAUUAAUUUCCUCGUAGGAAUCAGUGACGAGGAGAAAUAUGUUCGAUUGGAGAAUAAGAUUAGAUCGGAUCGUUCGACUAGAAGGUGGAGUUCGUUGGAAAAUUUAGCGAGAAAGGCGGAAAACGUUGGAGAAGAUUCUUCUACAAAUAGGAUAGAGGGUUUGUCGAUCGAAAGACCAGUUCGAAGCAAAGAGAAGAGAACGAUCGGAUCUUUGAGAUCUUCGUUGGGGAGGAAGAUGGGCUCUGUGGAGAGGAUCUUGGAGGAUCAGAUAGAGAAAAUAUGGGAGGAGAAGGUGGAGAAGCAUCCGUGGCUGCUGCCUAUAGAAAGUUGGAUUGUUGAACGUUGCAGGCCCUCUGGAACGUAUUCUAUCCUUCACGACAGGAAAAAUAGCGGUUUGAAGAUGGAGGAGGGGAGGUUGAGCGAGAAAGAGCAGAGUUUUGACUUCAAAUUUACUGCGCCUGAAAAGAAGGACGAAGAGGGAAGAAUAGAGAUUAAAUUGGAACAUUUAAAGAGACCGGAGAGAUCGGCAUUCGAGACUGCAAAUUUGAUUUCAAGGUUGAGGAAGUCUUCUUCUGAACAGUCGAAGGUAGAGGAGCAAGAGGUUUUGGACGUGAAGGACGUGAAGCAUCAUGAUCUGUUCGAUAAACUCAAGGGCAAUGUUAGAGAGAAAAUGGAAGAUAUUCAUAGGUAUUUCCAAAGGACCAAUCGAUUGGCGGACGUAAAUAGACGGUUAAAGUCACAGAUAUGGAGCUCCGUGGUAACGAUUGUUCUUGUGGAGGCGAAGAAUUUAUUACCGAUGGAUAUAGACGGUCUUUCGGAUCCCUAUGUCAAAUUUCGUCUCGGAACAGAAAAGUACAAGUCAAAAGUAGUGCACAAGACUCUGAAUCCCGUUUGGUUGGAGCAGUUCGAUCUCCACCUUUACGAAGAUCCUUAUUUAGGUCAAGAAUUGGAGGUCACGGUGUGGGAUCGGGAUAAAAGCCAUCAGGAUGACCUAAUGGGAAAAACGGUAAUCGAUCUGACGACGCUUGAACGUGAGACGACCCAUCGACUCUGGCGGGAUCUCGAGGACGGCUCUGGCAGCAUAUUUUUACUGUUAACUAUUAGUGGUACCACCGCUAGCGAAACGAUCAGCGAUUUAGCCGCACACGAAGACACACCUCGUGAACGUGAGCAAUUAUACCAAAGAUAUGCUUUGGUGAACUCGUUGCAGAGGGUACGAGAUGUUGGUCAUUUAACAGUGAAGGUAUUCAGAGCACAAGGUCUCGCGGCAGCUGACUUGGGUGGCAAGAGCGAUCCUUUUUGCGUCUUGGAAUUGGUAAACGCAAGAUUGCAAACCCAGACGGAAUAUAAAACGCUGGCUCCAAGUUGGCAGAAAAUAUUCACUUUUAACGUGAAAGAUAUCAAUUCGGUGUUAGAGGUGACAGUGUACGACGAGGACAGGGACCAUAAAGUAGAGUUUCUCGGCAAAGUCGCCAUACCUCUUCUAAGGAUAAGGAACGGUGAGAAACGAUGGUACGCGUUAAAGGACAAAAAACUGAGGGGUCGUGCCAAAGGAAAUUCUCCGCAAAUUCUUUUGGAGCUGAACGUGGUGUGGAACGUUGUCAGAGCAUGUGUUCGAACGUUAAAUCCCAAGGAGAAGAAGUACAUGGAACCGGAGAUAAAGUUCAAAAGACAAGUGUUUUUACGUAACGUUCUCAGGCUGAAGGCAAUCAUCGUUAUCGUGAUUGAUAUUGGAAAAUACGUGCAGAGCUGUUGGGAAUGGGAAAAUAAAAUGAGAAGCAUCAUCGCACUGGUCAUCUUUAUUUUGGGCUGUUACUACUUUGAACCUUACAUGUUUCCUGGAGUAGCACUCCUUAUUCUGUUAAAGUAUUAUCUGCUUUAUGGAGAUGGAAGCGGAUUCAAUCAAUGGAUUUCCGGACAGGUUGCAGUAAUAACCGGUACACCCUUAUCGCAUCAAUCGAGUUCCCACUUCCACGACGAGGGUGACGAAGGUCCUGCCACUCCUGGGGACGACGAUGACGACGAUGACGAUAAGGACAAAGAAGAGAAAAAAAGUCUAAAGGAACGCUUGCAAGCAAUUCAGGAGGUAACUCAGACUGUUCAGAACUCGAUCGGUUACAUAGCCAGCCUCUGUGAAAGAGUGAAGAAUCUCUUCAAUUUCACUGUUCCUUAUUUGAGUUAUUUAGCCAUGAUUUUGGCGAUCCUCGGUGUUGCUGUCCUGUAUUUCAUCCCUCUAAGAUACCUUAUCCUAGUAUGGGGCGUCAAUAAAUUCUCCAGGAAAAUUGUCCGGCCUCACUCGGUUCCAAACAACGAGCUCCUAGACCUCAUAACUAGAGUGCCCGAUGACGAGGAGCUCCUUAAUUACAGAGAGUUGAAACCAUUACCAACUGCCGACUGUGAGAAGAGCAGUACAUCGGGCAGUCCAGGUGCAUCGAAUUUAACGCGGAGGGAACAGAGGAAAAGGCAUAAGGCCGCGUAGCAGCAUGCCCCGCGGCCGGAAGUCGCGGGUCUACGAUCACCGAGCAUCCUGAGGACGGUCCUGCUGCGCCGUAAGAUGCGCCAGCGAAAGGGAUCAGCGGAGAAUCCGGAUGUGAUCGACAUAGACUGAGAAACGUUUUGUUUCCACUCGUAGUUGUCUAGCUAGGGGGGGAUUUUCAUCAUUCUAGUUUCCAGUCUAAUCUGGUCACGUUAAGAACACCUCGCGUGGUAUAUCUUCGAAGUCUGAACUGUUUUAUUCUCAGUGAGGGUAGUUUUACAUCAUAUUAUGAAGAGAAAUAGGAAAUAGAUAAGAUAUAGUUAGAGGAUGAAAGAGAUCAACCACCAGAUGGUCGAGUUCACUGUAAUAAGAAAGAGAAAAGAACAUUGUAAUCGCAAUAUUCAGAAGGAUUUCCGCAUUUUUAUAGCAUAAGAUAUUCAAAGUUUCAACUGUAUUCGGUAAUUAAAUACGUAUAUCCGUAAUAUAAAGUCGCUAGAUACGUUUAACGAACACGCUGGAAACAUUUGUCAAUGUUUACCAGGCGAUAUUUCUCACGACGAAAUCUCCGGGACAUACCACGCAAAAUUGUUAUUAGAUACUGUUUCGAUUCGAUAGUUGGAACGAGUCGAUGCACAAAUUCAUCUAGAAUUUCGUAAAAAGAAGCAAAUGAUAUCUUUUCAUUUAUAUAGUAUUUGUGGAAUGUGAACGUGCGGCACAUUAGUAGUUGUAUCGAACAACUCGGCUAUAAUGGUGUUGGUGAGUCUGUGUGAAUGAUCGUCGACAAGGAAGUCAAAAAUUUCCCAAUAACGCUCUCAUGAAAUUAACGACAGUAAAAUAUUGAAUUUUAUUCUGAAUAUAUAAUAUCUAUUUCCUUGAAAAUUAAAAAAUUCCAUAAAUUCGAAUGAAACUAGUUUAAUAAACAUGACGUCAAGAAAGGAAACAAGUUACGAUAAAUUAUCGUUUGACUUUCCUGUGUGAGAAAAAACGAAGGAAAACACGGAUAGACAAACGUUUUUGAAAGUAUAUAUAUCUCAUUUGGACGGAAGAGCCGCGUUUCAAAUGUAUCAAGACUCAACGAAGAAUGUGCGUUCGAUAGCGGUAUAUUAGCUAACAAUAUCGACGGAGAAGAGAUACCAUAGUCAUUUAAAGAAGAAAAAACGAGAAAAAUACGCGAGAAUAAUUCCCACUAACGGGCUAUCCUCGUCGAUCCGUUUCGUCCAUCGGUGUCGUAGAUAUAGCUGCUACAGAAUCGUUACCAAUGACAGAGAGAGAGAGAGAGAGAGAUAUUAACAAGUUUAAAAGAAAAAAAGAGGAAAAAAUAUAAAAAAAAGAAAGGAACAAAAAAAGACAAAUAUAGUUGUUCUACGGCGGUCUUAUUUAGCCGACAAAAUUCGCUCGACGAGUUGUUUCUUCCAUUUCAAGAACGACGAAUAGAAUCAGUUAUUCAACAUUCACACGUCUAAACUUUAUUCUAUAUACUAUAUUAUUGUAAAAGAAGAAAGUAAUAGCAGUUCGAUCGGUAUAUGUAGCCUGUUCUUAUUCGAGUCUUCGUGCUACCUCGUGCUGUAAUUAUCGCGUUAUAGUCUUACGAUUGUAAUUUUACUAUUCAACGAUCGCCGAGGAGCUAUUCGUCGUUCGUGAAAUCAGUUUAUUAUUUAGUCUUUUACCGUUGAGACCUCUCGAAGUGUCCUAAUGUUAUUUUCUUUAAAUAGUAUUUAAUAUUAUCGAAUUCUUCGUUCCAACGCACACUGUCACGCGUUCAUUCGCCUCCUCGAGCAUGAAUACAAUAAAAUUAACGUAUGCUAUAACGAGCAUCUUUGCGUGUGGAAAAUUGUAAAAAGUGACAGAGUUUCUCUUUACGGUUGAAUGAUAGAAUUUUAUUACAACUGUUCACGUUAUAGCCAGGAACAUAUCGCAGUUUAAAUAAAAGGAAAAUAUUCAAUUUCUAAUAGAAUCGUGCUGGGUAAUGGCAUUAUGCGAUUUCUUUGUACAAAUCAUGGUAAUUAACGAAGAAACCGUGGAAAAUAUUAGUCGUGCGUGAAGAUGUUCGGAAGAAACCGGAAAAAAGCAUAGAAAGGGGCAGAAAGUUUCUCCGACCAGUUGUAUUACUAUUUUUAUAACAAUAAUAGUUAUCGCUGUCCUCGUGACAAUAGUUUGUAGCUCUUGCGAUUAAAUAACGUUCCAGCCAGACCUCGUAACUUUCUUCAUUGUGAAUAUUACGCUGCGUUCUUUUUAUACCGGUUUUUCUCUCAUUGUGUAAUCAUCAUCAUAAUAUUGUCUCUGUAAAAAGGAAAAACUACGUUACUUCCGUUAUUUAUGUUCCAUUUCCGGAUAGUUACGAGCUCGCGUUGUCGCAAAAGCAAUAAUAGCCGAAUAAAGAUAUUAAUAUUACAAUUUUAAAAGUUGUACAUCAAGUGUUAUAUGAAAAAUAUGGUAAAAUUAUGCGAUGACUAGCAUGCGACUAGUAAAAGAUUCAUAAAAUAAUUAUAAACAAAGUUUUGUAUUUUCGAGUACGUUUUAAGCAAUUUAUUAUAGAGUAAAAUUUGGCUAAUUAGCGAUCUGUCAAAUGAAUGUGGGUAAAUCCGCCAUGGCAAACAUGCUUGAGGAGGGAGGCAAAACGCGUUGAAUUAAUUAUUCCUAACCGCGAUUUUACGGUUCGUGCCAGCCGAUGAGAAAGCUGAAAGGGGAAGAAGAGAUAUCGCUGAUCCAUUUUUUCGCUUUUCUAACUCGGAACAUCGCGGCAUCGCCAUUUUUUCCCAAGUCUUUCGUUAUCAUUUUUCUCGCUGUUUCUUGUAUUCGCAUGAUCGUGAGGUUCAUGAUGUCAGUAAAACGACAAGUGUUGUAAAAGAAAAUUGUAUCCUUCGAGUACAUUUUCACUCAUAUUUGACCCUUUGAAGCGUUAUAAAUAUUUUUUAUAUUUCAUUCGAAAUUUUUAUCUCCUUUUUAAUACAUUUGUACAAUAUUUUUAUAUAUUCAAUUAUACAUAUUUUAUUUUUUGUAUAUUUAUAAGGAUACAGAGAUACAAUUAUAUUGUUGAAUUUAUAAAUCUGCAAUUCUAACUUAACUGUAUAAAACAAAUUUAUUAUGGCAGCUAGUUCAGUCUUUUAAAAUGCAGUUUGUGUUAAGAUGACAAUUUCAGAUGAUCAAAAAAGAAGUUACUAACAGACUGAAAUUAUUUUAAACAAUUAAUUCAUGUAGACACACAGAAUAUUUUUUAACAUUUAAAUUUAUGAACCUACAUAAUUUUAAUAUCCUAUACGCAUAUUUACAUAUUUAUAUUCGAAAUAUCGAAAGAAAUUAUAAAAAUUACUAGAACUAGAAUUAGUUCUUAGGUUAUUAAAAUUAAAUAGAAGAUACUAAAAUUAUCCUAGCUAAAUCGUCGUUAAAUAACAUGAUCGGUCAACUGUGAAAUUGACGAAUCGUAAAGGAAUCGUAAUUGAAAUCAUGACUGAAAGUUCCGUUAGCGUAAUUCUAUCCUCAUCUUCCGUAUUUUAUCUUGGUAGGGAAUUAAAGAAACCAGACUAUAGCCGGAAGUAGUUCGCGCUUCAAAGGGUUCAAAUGUAAGUAAUAUCGGCCAUAAGUAUUAAGACAACUCUUGAUACUUAGUUAGACGCAUUUCACUGUUUUUAUUUUUGUUACAAAUGUGUUAUUUCACUCGCGUUACCUAUGUUUUAUAAAGUAAAAAACUAAGUGAAAUAAAACUUAUUUGAAUUAUUUAAUAAAAUCUUAUGGGUCGACAGAGGAGGUACUACUAUUUAUCGUUCACUGUCACGCGUUCCUACAUUCUUUUGCUUAUGUAUGUGACACUUUCGGGCAAUACGCGUGCUUAACUUUACGAUUGUGUUGGGCCUGCUAACAACCAAUCAGGCUAGUAUUUCUUCCACAGGACUUUCUUUGAAUUCAGCAAUAUAACUAAGUGUCUUAAAUAUGUACAUACCUAUGGUCAGCAGUGCAUAGUAACGUUUAUCGUCGAUUUUGGGCCUGAGUCGAGGGACAAAACGUAUAAUAUAGAAUACACUGAACACUUACAAGUGAACGUGAGAUACAUACGAAAAACGAGGGAAAAUUAGGCGAUUCUUUCUAUCAUGUAGAAUCUAAUCAACGAACUUUCUUCGUAAGUGAAAAACUUGUGAUAUUGCAAAUCAAUUUCAUUGUGUUUAGGUCGAGAGAUGUAGAGCGUGUGAUUUAAAAUUUCGUGACUAUAGCUAAACAGAAACUUUUCUUUUUUAUAGAUCUUAGGUUAACUUCGUUUUAUUAUAAGACGGACAAUCAGAAGUAUGAGUUGAUUAUUGAAUUUAUUGGUGUUGAUUUUCGGGAUUUUAAAUCACAUAGCUGAUAAGUUGGUGUGUUUUCUAUAGUCAUUCCAUACGACAUUCCUUGUAUUGAAAUUGUGUGGGUACGUGGAUUCACUUUUCCAUUUAUGUUUUCCAUGAAACUGUGAGAAUAUAUUCUCUUGGUAAAUUUUGUUAAAAUGCUUUGUAUUUAGGUAAAAGAUAAAUUUAAGUAACAUUAUAUUCUUUUUAAAAAGAUUAUAAUGAGUAGUGUGCUCAUGCAAUUUCAUUUUUCACGCAUUUGGUAACGUUUAAUCUUAUUGAAGCGUCGGUUGCUAAAUAUCAAAAGAAUAUACAAAGCACUCUUAACAAUAGUAAAUAUAAUUACCAACGAUAAUCUUUGUGACCAUAAGCAAUAAAAUACUCAAAACAGUAAAGGUUAGGAACAAUUAAUGUUAGUUGGACUACAAUAUUGGACUACAUAUAUUUGUAUUGUCUUCAUAGUCAUAUUUAUUCGUUCAAUUAUUAAGUUCCAUAACCUAAAAUUAAUUUACAAUUAUAACAUGUGAUUUAAAUCAUCCAAAAGCUAGAUAAUUACAAAUAAAUAAUGAUUAAAUUACAGUUUCUGAAGAUAGUGUGAGUAUCGAUCGACGCUUCAAGAGAAACUAUUCGCGUUCUACACCGUGGUUUUUCUACUCUUCCAAUUUUGUACUUCCAACAAGGUGUAUAAGAUAUUUCAAAAACAUUGCUUUCUCAAUUUUAAAAGAGACAUUUUCCUCCGUAUAAGCAUCUCACCGACAGAGAAGGAAAAUAGUUUUCUACGUCUGCUCUUGUAAUUUGAGCCAUUUCUUUCGGAACACAGUUGUUCAAGCGCAAACAGGGAAACGUAAAAAGAUACGAGCGGUCAUACAUUCACGCGUAUAUUCAUUAUUAUCUCGUGCACGCACUUUCAAGUUUGCAUGCUCCAGUUUCUUCGUGUUAUAUGAAUCUUCAUUAAAGUGUCUUAGCCGUUAAGAGGAAAGCAAGGCCGAAAUACAGAGAGACAGAGAAAGAGAGAGAAAGAAAGAGAGGAAGGCCAGGACGAAUUUGAUUUCCAUAAAAUCACACGAGGGCGCGUAUAUUUUUCCCGAAUUCUGUCCUCUGGAUGAGUGUUUUCUAUUCCUAAAACUGCAUUUUAUUGGUCGUUGAAAAAGUUCGUAGUGCUUUUAUUAUAAAUAGAGUAUAGAUUUUUAUGCAUUUAUGGAAAAUUUGGAAAUGCAACAGCAAUAUAUAAAAUGUCCAAAGUAUAGUAUCCUCUACAAUAUUUAAUAGAUAAAACAAUUUCUUAUUCAAAUUGCAGUUUCUUAAUUAUAUUCGUAAAAAUGUGAAUUUGCAUAAAUAUACAUAGUCUGAUUAUGUAUUUCUUUCAAAUAAUAAAACGAAUAAAUAUUAUUCAAAUAAAUAUCAUUCUUAGUUGGAUACUAAAGUGAAUUAAAGAGAAAUAUCGAAAAUUCGUUAAUGAACUAAAUCUUUCUUAACUUUCGCUACAAAUUUUCCGAUUCUUCAAAUACAAAUUAUACAAAUGUAAAUAUAAAUUAUAAAUUACAAGUUUCUAGAUGUUUCAAUUCAAUUCGAUUUUGUUUGCUUUUAUCGUAGUUGAACGAUGAAAUGAUAGUGAUCCAGAUGGCAGAUCGAUCGACAAUGCUCCGCACAGGUCUGUUCGAUAGGACAAAUGAACAUUAAAUUUAAGAUAAUUAGUCGAUAAUUAAUCGAAAUUGAAGUCACGUGUGAAGCAAAGAAGGUUCGGACCAAGUCCAGAUCGGUUGAUCUCGGUCGUACAAAAAUAAAUUAGAAAAAUAGACAAAAAAGAGUGAAAACUGGAAGAGACGAGGAUAAAGACAAAGCGAUAAAAUGUAUAGAUAUAAUCAUUAAUAUAUUAUUAUAUUAAAUUAUAUAUAUACAAACAUGCAUAUACAUAUAUGACUGUUAUUUAGAUCGAAUUCUGGAACUUGGUCAGCAUUCUCAGUGUUCCCGACAAAAAUGUACUUACGACAAAAGGUGAUAAGAUUCAUUAUUAUAUUCAUAAAAUUAAAAAUAAAGAAAGCUUUUAAUAUCCAA